GGUAAGCGUGCGAUGAGUUGGUUGACAUUCCUUCACAUGUGUAAGGCUUCCACGAUUACAAAUCUCUCCUGGCCAUGAGUGUACUGUUUACGGAGGAGGAAGUGCAUCAGACAAUCGAAUUCGUGCGUCGAUUUGUUGCACUUCGACCUGACGCUUUCGGAGAGGACGAACCCCUACCAUUUCGAGUUACCCCGCUAUCUAUUUCUGUCAACGAGUUGGAAGGAGAAUGCAUCGAAUGGUGUAUGCAGUACCUCAAUAAAAGGCAAGGGCUGUUUAUAAUCCUUACUUAUGAAUAAUUGAGCCAUUUUGGGGUGAGAUAGCAGUGUUUACUCUAGCGUGGAAUCUGUCCUUCGUGUUGCGUGUGUUUACAUAGAGUUUUGAAUACUGCAAUAGGGAUUGGCAUUCAAAAUGUUCUGUUUAAAAAAUUAAAAUGAUGUAAGACCCCUGUCCUUUUGUAAAGGAAGAGGAACUUUUCACGCUUGAGAUUGUUUUGUGUAAUUGUGGUUUCGGACGUGAAGAAACUAAAGAAUUCAGUUUAACAAGCUUGGACGGUGAUUGAAUUUAUUUCUAAAAAGAUUUUCUACUCGAGGCGAGAUAAGCUCAUACAGUAAAGUUAAUUAAUCAAUAUUAUCUUGUUCUAAGCGUGUUUUGAGCGUGAAAUUACUUCAUUAUGUUUCAAGUAACAGGUUUGAGUGAGUGUAAUUUAGUUUCUCAUUACCUCAAACUUCAAUAUGCGGCAUUUUGUAGCCAAUAUUUCGGUUGUCAACGUAAAUCGUCAAUAUCUUUCAGAUAUAAAUAGUAAAUGAGUUACAGAUCGGACAGUCGAUAUUUAUCAUGGGUGGGUGUUGAUAUCAUCUUUCCAAUAAAGGCUGUUCAAACGAAAAAAAAUAGCUGAAAUGAUAUUGUAGAGUUGGUGCGAUUGAUUAUUGUACAAGAAUUUUCAAAGCUUAAAGUACAGUUGAGCGUGAUUUAACGCACAUCCCUUUGAAGAAAACAUUAUCACUGAAAAUUGACUGAAAUAUCAGUAUGCACUUGUGGUAAACUGGAUACACUAAAAUUCAAGUCAUUCUAAUUUAACUUUCUGUAAAUGUCGUUCCCUGUUUCAACCAGUGUGAGCAACAGGAGUUGGCUUGCUGUUGUAGCAUAAUUAAUGUGAAAAUUAGGUUAUCAAUGUACAAUUGAGUUAGGCUUUUAGCUUAUGGGAUGAUCAGGGCAGACCACUGUGCAGUUGAUGUGUUCAGCAAACUACAUGAUUACCACCCUGUUGAGAGAAAACCUAUAUUUAAUUAUAAUUUUCUGGUAGAAGAGAGAGACAUCUUUUUUUUAAACUAAGCCCAAGCUUACAAAAGUAAUGCGUGAGGUUUUUAGACUUUGAUACGAAUGAGAUGAUUGUGUAAAGAGCUGUUCCAUAGUCCAAGGAUCAAUCAAGGAAAUGUUGUUUUCCUUUUUAAUAACAAGACCUGCAUGUAAAUAUGCUUAAAGAUCAAUAGGUUAAGUGUCAUAUACCCCUUUUGCACAAGCAAAACAUGUUUAGUUAAACCAGCUGUAACUGGAUGAAAAUCAGAAACAGAGAACUGAAAAACUGAAAGAGAAUCCAAGUUAUUGCUUACUUGUCUUUCAAUGUGCUACUUUUAAAGUCAGCAAAUUUUGUUGGAAGCAGCUUUAGUGAUGGUAGAAAGCCAGCAUGAAAUGACAGAGAGUAUUGUGAUUUUCCCCUGCCUUUCCUUUUUCCUCCCAGGUUUCCCAAGCAGUUUAAUCCUUUCAACCCUAAGAGUGACCAGAAUGUAAUUUCUCCUUAUCAGAAUACUGCUGAUCAUUCAUUAAGAGCAUAAGAAUAAAGGAAAUGAUUGCAAAGCUUAGAAGCUUCUAUUGAUAAAUGAAAUGUUUUGCUUAAAGCAUAGCAAAGUGACCUGACUAAGGUUUUGACAAGUAUCUUGUGAUCUGAAUCCUGUUUAUCCAUAUAACUCAUUAUUGGAGCAUGGUGUUUUGUUUUCAGUGGAGCACCUGAAGCUGUGGCUGCUCUUAUGACUCGUGCCACCGUUGAUGAAAUCAGCAAAAAAGAUCUCUCCAUUUAUAAGCAUGAGGAGGAUAAGGAUGCUUGUGAGUACAUUCAGAAUGCAUGUGCCUCUACUUUAUUACAGUCAAACUUGUAAUACACAUUAGUGUGCAGUUGCCAAAGUUCCCAAAUUGUCUCUCCUCAAGUACUGUAAUUUUAAUCUCUAUUAACCCUAGUGACCUACAUAGAAUUUCUCCUUACACUAUCAGUACAAUGUCAAGGAGACAAGUAAUGAGAAUAAAGAAAAAUAUCAAUUAGGGCAUUAUUGGUUGAUCCAACUCCAAAUUCUUCAAACUAACAUAAUUAAUAUUAGAAGACAUAUAUAUCAGACAGUAAGAAGAAUUACUGGUUAGAUCUUGGGAGUGAAAGUGAAAGGAUUGAAGAAUUAACUAAGGCCAUGAAAAUUUUGCCAUUGAAUUCUGUGCCAUAGCCAAAUACCUAUUUUGAUUCCUGGUGCCCCAUGAGCCUCUGGCUCAACAUCAUUUCACUGCAAGGAAUAACUGCAAAGGAGUUUCUCAGUACGAUAUCAAUAAAUUUUAAUCAGAAAAAUCUGAUGACACCUCAUGCAUCAAUUUCAACCAGAAACAUGGCUACAUAAUUCCGAGUUAACUAAGUAUAAUAAUUCAUAGAUGCCACACAUGUGUAACCUUACAAUAUUUUUUUUUUUUUUUUUUUUUUUUUUUUGAUAGUACUGGACUCCUCCAAAAUUGCCAGAGAUGCCAUUAAUAGGGUUAUAGAGAUUUGUAGGCAAUGGAGCAGUGAGCUGCCCUCCUUCCACAAGUCAAAGAUCACGUAUGAAUCAUAUGCUCAUGCUAUCAAGAACACCAGAAGAAAAAUGGAGGAUAGACAUGUUAUCUUGCCUGAAUUUAACUGUCUCUUUGGAUUUCCACAGGUAAUUUUUUACUCUUGAGAUGUUGCCAAGGAUGUCAUUGAAAUUUGUUUAACCUGUUAAGUUGAACUCAGCUCAACUUUGCAGGUAAGCCAGCAGUCAAUGCCUGGGACAGGUCAUGAGUUGGCACUAAAUGUUCACAUACAGUACAUGUGGGCCAUAACAUUGUCCUUGGGCGUGCCUGCAGCUGCUCUGCCAGCCGUGUUUGUGACAAAUGCGAACUAGGUUUAUUUCAUUUUUUGUGGAAUGAUAGAAGUAUUAGUAUUUCUUGUCAUUCCGUCAAAUAGGAUAUAAUUAUACUUUGUAAGCUCACCACAUGUAACCUUCCCCCCUUUUCCCCAUGGAAAUUGUUCAAUAUCCUGUACUGCACUAAAUUUUAAAUUAUCUAUUAAUAUCUUGAUAUGAGAUUUUAUUCUCUUUUGAUAAGGGCUUCAGCAAUCAAGCAUUCUUUGCUGUAUAUGAUGGUCACAGUGGAGUGGAUGCUUCCAAUUUUUCUGCUACUCACCUUCACUGUCAUCUUGCAAGGAACAAAAACCUUGAUAUUGAUCCUAGACUUGCUUUGAAAGAAGCAUUUGAAAAGACAGAUGAAUGCUUUGUAGCAAAGGCCAAAAGAGAGGUAAUAUUUCUAGUCUAGCUGUAACUGCAGUGUUUUAUAAGGAUCCAUAAAAUAGUGCAUGGUUGCUUGUCAAUAUGGAACUCAUUUACGAGAUAUUGCAUCGAACACUCAGAGAAAUUCCAAAUUUAUGCACACCCUUGUGUAAUUCUAUAUGUAAUUGCCAGUGUUUCUUCUUCAUUGCUUGUUCUAUACUUGUCAAUGACUGAUAAAAUUGAAUGAUAUACAUAGAACUUAAGGGACACUAUGGUGAAGAAGAUUAUACUGUAUUUAUACUGUAUGUUAUUAGGGCUUAGAAGUGUGGUUUGUGUUUUGUAAAUGCACCUCUGUUUUACAAAUUAAUCCUUUCACUCCCAAGAUCUCAUCAGUAAUUCUCCUUACUAUUUGCCAUACAAUUCUUAUGAUGUUAGUUUGGAGAAUUUGGUAUUGGAUCAACUUAAAAUCCCCUAGUCGCUAUUUUUCUUUAUUCUCAUCACUUGUCUGCUUGAUGUUGCAUAAACGCUGUAAGGAGAAAUUCUGUCUUGGUCACUCAUGGGAGUUAAAGGGUUAAAAUUUCUCCAGUUUACAGAAAAUCACCCUCUCACUCACAAAAUUGGUGCAGGACUGCAGGUCUUAGAAGCAUUGUAGGGGUUGACUGCCAGCAUUCCAUGAAACCUGUGGGAACCUCAGCCAGGCUAAGAGAGAUCCUCUUAGUUUUCAAAAGUGCUCUUUGCAAUUUAUCCAUAUAAACAUCAACUUCUCUUCGUGAUAUGGCUAAGGGAGCAGUUUGAGAGAAUGACACUGGCUGCCUUGUCUUUGUGUUUGUGUUGCCAAUGUCCAUCAAAUUUUUAGUGAGGAUACUGAGGAUAACAUCAUAUAUUUCUGCAAAAUGAAUUGAGACAGAACAUGAGAGGCUUGUCAAAUUUGAUGUUUUUCUCUUUUAUCUUCAAAAUUUUUUAGGGUCUUCGAAGUGGUUCCACAGGCGUAGCUGUGUUUAUAAAGGGUCAAUCGCUUUAUGUUGCAUGGUUGGGAGAUUCACAGGUUGUACUGUGUAAAGCUGGGCAGCCAUAUCUCCUCAUGGAUCCCCACAAGCCAGAUAGAGAGGUAUGGUGUAACACUAGAAACUUGGUUGAAUACAUCAACAGACUCAAUUUGUUACUAAAAUAUAUACCUGAGGUUUGUACAGGUCCUGGCAAACACUGAAAGAAAUGGAAUUUUAUAAUUUCAUUUUCCAGGCCUGGAGAGUCUUUGGAUUUAGGUUUGGCUCUUGGAAAAUCAUGGAAAGUCGUAGAAAAUUAACUGGCUUUGAAUGAGUGUAAAGAUAGAUCCAAAGUUGAAGAAUUAACCAAGUUAAAAAAUAAAAUUUAAUUUCAGUAUAAAUAAAUAUCAGCACAUGUUGUAAGAUCUGCGCUUGCGGCCAUUUUUGUUUAUACUGCAUUCUUAUAUGACAAUUUCCUAGAUUUGUGUGCCAUUUGGAAUGAACCAAUCAGUACACUUGCUUAACUUAGGUCAUGAAAUUUUUUGAAGAGUGAUAGAAAAAGUCAUGGAAUUUUUGCAGCUCAAAAGUGUACAAACCCCUUAUAUCUCUUACUAACCAAGUUCAAGGUCUAAAUCGUAAGUUAUGGACCAAGUUAUUUCUACUUAAAUUUAUGGCCUAAGUGUAAAGCAUGCAGGUCAUAAAUCUUGAAGCAGAAGAAAGGAAUUUUCAUAACUUACAGUGCAAACCAAGAAAAGGAGGGUAGUAAGAUAAUUUUUAUGUCUCUGGCUUCAAAUGUAGGAGGAAGCUUUCAAUUCAAACAAAUUUUUGAAUUUAUUGGGCUUUAACCCUUAAACUGCUAGUUCAAAUUUGUCAUUCUCCUUACUGUCAACCAUACAAUUCUUGUAAUGUUAGUUCAGAGAAUUUAGAAUUGGAUCAGCUAAUUAUCCCCAAAUUGAUAUUUUUCUUUAUUCUCAUCACUUGUCUACUUAAUAUUGUAUUGAUAUUGCAAAGAGAAAUUCUGUCAUGGUCACUCAUGAGAGUUUAAGGGUCAAGGUAAAAAUUGACUAAUCAAAGUGCAUGUAGUAACUGAGAGAUAUAACAAGCUCCUAUAUUUGUUGGUGUGGAGCAUGUUUAGCUGGCAGGUUAAGUCCAAGGACAACAAAAUGAGCUUCUUUUUGUGCCAAAUGGAGCCUAUUUUAGGUAUAACCCUAACACUGUUUGGCGUUCAAAAUGGAUAUGAACACCUUACCUUAAAAAGUAUUGUGAAUCAUGUGUUUUGUGUUAAUUUCAAUUUCUGCAACUUUUUAGUGAUUUCUAGUUUGGUGUCACUCUCAAGUAAAAUUUUCUUCUUGUUUCAAAGACAGUGACAAUAUCAUCUCUUCUGUUAUUAAAUAACCAUCUAGUGUCAUGUUGGCCAUAAAAGGGAAUACUUGAACAGGUUUUACUUAUAGCAUUUUGAGAUGAAACUAUUUUCUUUGUUCCUAUAACCAUAUCCAUUUAUUUACAGUAGCAAUGAUAUUGUAAGGAGAAAUAAUAUGUUGGUCCCUGGUAGGGGUAAAAGGCUUUUAUGACUGAUCAGGACAGAAUUUCUCCUUAAAAUAUCAAUAGAAUUGUGUGGCAUACAGUUGGAAGAAUUACUACUGCAAUCUUUAGAGUAAGAGGAUUAAUCAGUAGGAGUGGUUUAGUGGAAGUUCUCCUCCAUGUUUUCUUGCACACCAACUGAUGUGGACUAUAUUCGGCAAUGUGUUUUUAAGUUGUUGAAGUAAUAAAUAUUUUUUACUUCUUUUGAAACAAUUGUUAACAGAUAAAGGUAAAUUGCUUCUAGGAUGAAAGACAGCGUAUUGAAGCUCUUGGAGGUUGUGUUGUGUUCUUUGGUGCAUGGCGAGUAAAUGGAAGUCUCUCAGUCUCCCGAGCGAUUGGUGAUGCUGAACACAAGCCUUACAUAAGUGGAGAGCCAGACACAGAGGAAUUGGAUCUUGAAGGUAUUGUAACUUACCAUACCAGGCACUUAUUUGAAAUUUUGGCCAAAGGAGGGGGGCCUAUUGGAAGAGGGUCUUAAUUAAGGGGGGGUGCCUAUUGUUCUUCUGUUUUGGUUCAGCUGUAGGUGAAGCUUUAAAAGUUGUAAAUAAAGUGGCAUUAGAAACAGGUUUUCCUUGUGUUCCUGCUAUCAAAGAAAGGGAUGAAGGGGGUACUCUUAUUCAAAAGAGAUGCUUGUUUUACAUUACGGCCUAGUGGGUGAGCACUCAUUUGGGGGGAGGUCACUUAUUAGAGUGAGGGAGCUUAUUCAAGGAAAUGCAGUAUUUGAUCUAGAAUUGCAGGUUUGGAAAGAAGGAUAGCUCUGUUUAAUUUAAUUUUGACUGUUUCAAAGAUCCUCUUUAACACCCUCUUCCCAAAUCAAUCAAAAGAGUUGUCAUCUGGGACCCAGUUGUGAACAAGUCUGAUACCUCUCUCUUUUAGUUAGCUCCUUUCCCACACCACCCCCGCCCCCUCCCCCUUCUGAGAAAUGGUAGUAACAAAUAGAUCCCUCUAGAUGCUAAAAACAGAGAAUGCAUUUAGGAUAAGUGUCUGAAAAGGAAAGCCAAGUGCAAGGAAUUGUUAUUAUUGAAUAACAUGUUUGUGUUACUCAAACUCCAUUGUAUCUUUAAAUCUUUACUUUGUUUACUUCCUGAACAGGUGAUGAAGACUUCCUAAUCUUAGCCUGUGAUGGUUUGUGGGAUGUAAUUAAACCAUCGGAGGCUGUGGAUGCUGUGCGUCAGUACCUUGCUGAAGGGGGAGAUAGGGCAUCUGUAGCAAAGUGUCUUGUGGAUGGUGCAAAAGAAGCAGGUUCUAGUGAUAACAUUUCAGUAGUUGUUGUCUUCUUGGACUCUCACAAGAAAGAAAAUUCUGGACAAGAAGUUUGUGACAGUGUUUCCAGCUUAUCAUCAAGCAGUGUGCAUCAACAUGUGCCUUAUAAUGACAAUGGUACUAAUUCUUCUGAAAAUGGCACCAACCAAGAAACUAAUUGUGGAGAUUUGGUUGAAAAAUCACCAGUACCACCAUGUAAAGUCUCACCAAAAUCAAUCAAGAAAUCCUGCGAACCGUCAUCUAAAUCUUCUGAGGAUGGAAGUUCAUGUAAAGAAGGGAGUUGUCCAAUGACAUAAUAUUGAAUCAGCCCCUCAAAUCUCAUCAGUCACCAUGCAUUCUCUUUUAUAGGAUAUAUUUUAAAAAUAAAUUUUUAUAACCGCAAUUUUUGAAAGUAUGACGCAAUUCUUAUGAAGAAAAGUUUUCACCAUGAAAUAGUGGUGGUCCAUUUCUAUUAACUGUUCCAGAGCCUUUAACCUUCUAAUUCCCAAGAUCUCAUUAGUAAUUCUCCUUACUGUCUGCCAUACAGUUCUUGUGAUGUUAGUCUGGAGAAUUUGGUAUUGGAUCAACUUGUUAUCCCUUAACUGAUACUUUUCUUUAUUCUCAUCACUUGUCUGCCUGAUAUUGUAUUGAUAUUGUAAGGAGAAAUUCUCUCUUGGUCACUCUUGGGAGUUAAAGGGUUAAACAUCUGAUGUGUUCAUAAAUGUAAAAGAAAAAACUGAAUGUGAGGAAUUUUCUUUUACAAGUUUUGAUUUCAAACAGUCAUCUACUGGAUAAAGGUUUGUCAAGGCUGAGAAAACUAUUUUCAAGAACUUAUUUAUUAUUUUAUUAGAGUUACUCACUUGAAAUACAGAUGGACAGGAAAAGAUUCAGUUUUUGCUGCAAGCAGAAGUGAACAAAAUUGUUGUUUAUCCAUUUUCAACAAGGAACAAUAUUUAUUAAACCCUCUUAGACAUCACAACUGUUUUGUAAGAGGUCUGCUACAUGAUUGUAAAAUGAAUUUUCACAGAUGUUUUCAAAAAGCGCAGUAACUGUUGUCAAACUUUUUUUGCAACAGUGCUAUUUGCGCGCAAAUAUCAUGGUGUGGUUGGUACAUUCAUUGAAAUGUAACUUGUAACUCGAGGAUUGUAGGUGCAUUGAGAGGGAAUUGCCAUCCUCAAGACAGAACAUCAUAUAGAAUGACCUUAAACAUUAAUUAAGAUGUGAUAUUAUUGAUGCAAGUUAGCCAUAUGUUAAGAUAUGUUUAUUGAUUACCUUUACCAUACAAUGGUUUGUAAUUAAAAGCUGUUUACUUUACAUCAACCUUUUGACCCCAAAGAAUGACUAACAUCUAAUUUAAUUUCUCCUUACAAUCUCACCCCUGAAUCACACAUCAAGGUCAUGAGAGUAUAGAAAAUGAUCACCAACUGAAAAAAAAGCUGUUGAUUGUUAAACAAAUUCUCUUUCAAGAACAGUAUGUAAAGGAUUAAGUAAACAGAAAUUUACAGUAGGAUCUGACCAAGGGGGAAAAUGACUUAAUAGUUAUAUAUUUUAUAUAUAUUGUAAUUAACUGAGAAGAAAAAUGUGAAACUUAUACAUAUUACUAUACAUUUAAACAUAAAUUGAAAGGUAUGUUUUGUGGUGUGUGAGUUUACUCUGGUUUUAAUUUAUGUUGGAUGAACAAAUGGGUGAUUUUGUGAGAUUAAUUUGACUGGAUAUUAAAAAUUACCCCUUUGACUCUAAGAUUAACCAGCAUGUAAUUUCUUUCGACAAUAUUACUGCUGAAUCAUUUAUUAAGAUCAUAGCAAUAAAGUAAAUGAUCACCAGCCUAAAAAGCUUUGAUUUUUAAAUGAAUUCUCCUGAGAAAUUGUAUUAAGGACAGUAUGGAGAAAGUGGAUACCGAUGUUAAGGUGUGAAUUCAUAUCGGGUAUAAAGUUAAAUCUUCUCGGAUGAGCAGGCGUACGAGAGCUGCAUGGAUGAGUUAAGAUGUUAGAUAAAUAACGCUGCUGACGGUCCAACUCAAACAAGUUAAUUCAAAGAAGGGUUUAAGGGUUCUACGAGACCUCCUUUUCUGCCCCCGGGAUUAAAAGAGUCUGGGUCAAUAAUGUGUACUUUUAGACAAGGUCUUUUAUAUUCUCUUAGUCAAGCGUAUACUUAACUUAUGCAAUGUAACCACUGUUUCUGCUCCGUUUCCCCCAAAUAAACAAAGCUCUC